UGUGUGUGUGUGUGUGUGUGUGUGUGUGUGUGUGUGUGUGUGUGUGUGAGGGUAUUUGCUGGCGUGUCAGUGACAGAAAGUCCAGCAGACCGAGAGCAGAUGAGCUGAAGGUCUAAUGUAAACGCUGAAGGACAGAUGAUGAUGAUGAUGAAGAUGGUCCUCUGUCCCACUCUCCCGCUCUCAGUGUGAGGUGGAAAUGACCAGAGCAGCUCGGACGCUCUCUGAUGUGCAGUGGAGACUCAGUAAUGAUAUGAAGUAGCUUUUCAGCAUCAUUACAGCUCGUUCUCAUCUAUAAAGAGAGCCAGAGAAGCAGAGCUCAGCAGAGAGCAGAACAGAGAGCAGAACAGAGAGCAGAACAGAGAGCAGAACAGAGGACGCUGUGCAGAGGACGCUGUGCAGAGGGAAGGAGUUUGGAGAACUUCAUGGAGGACCAGCAGGCGGGGGGGUCUGAGCGUGCUCAGUGUGAAUAUUCUGGAUACUCUGGCAUUCUGGGGGACAGUGAGGACAGCGAUGAAGAGCUGAUAGCUGAGCCUCUGCUGGCUCCGUGUGAGGAGCCCUCUGUGUUGGGGAGACUCGGGCUGAGCAGCUGUGAGGAGAUGACCGAGGAGGAGGUUGAGUGUGCGUUUGGUCAGUUUGCGAUGGCCUUCCACUGUGACCAGUACACACUGACCCAGAGGCUGCGGGCGGAGGAACACGAUCGCACUGUAGCGCUGGAGAACCUGCAGCUGGAGCUACAGCACACCAGAGACGCACUGCAGGUGCUGUGCGUGCGGAUGGUGAAUGGUGAGGUGAGGGAGAAGGUGAAGCAGUUGGAGGAGAGUCUGCAGACGCUGGAGAACAGCAUGGAGAACAUCAUCACUGCAGCAGAAACACUGGGAGCCACACAUCAGGAGGCUCGUAUGAGUCGGGCGGUGGAGCUGAUGUCUCUGCAUGUCGACCACCUGAAGAGGCGUCAGAGUGUGGAGAACGCGGAGCUCCUGCAGACGAGGAAGCUGCUGCAGCGAGCGCGCGGACGGCUCCUCAGUGACUCCGCCGACGACGGAGAGCUGAAGCAGCUGGUGGGAGACCCCAGACAGGUCACUCGCCGCCGGGUCAGCGUGACUCUGAUCCCGACACAGGCUCAGCUGACAGAUUUGGAGGUGAAGUUUCUGGAGAGCUGUCGGUCAGCAGAGGAACCGGACAGUCAGAAUCAGGACGGGUCGGUUCUGAAAUCCGCCCGGAGGUGUGCUGUUCUCCCUGUAGAUGGCAGUGUUGAGCGCAGCCCGUCUCACAGACGCACUGACCCCUCCAUCCAGCCGGCCAACGAGGAGUCCACUGACGGCCAAGAGGAGCACACAGCCUCCGACGGCUUCCCCAGUCCCCUGCAGGUCAGCCUCAGGUGUCGUCGCCGGACUGCGUUAAAGUCAGAUCAGAGCUCAGAGGAGAGGGAGGAGUCAGUGUCGGAGUCCAGCACAGCUGAGUCACAUGACCCAGCUGACAUCAUCCAAUCAGAGCCGAUUGGACAUGCAGUGCAGCGCCCCCUGCUGUACUGGCUGUCCCGCAGCAGGAGAACGCUGAUGGUUCUGCUGGUGCUGUGUGGAACCGCUAUCAUUCUGCUCAUCCUGCUGUUCUAUCUCAGAGCUCCACUCCACAGAACAUGACUGUGUUUGAGUGUAGAUGCUGAAUAAUGAAAAUAAUUGAGUUAUACUGUAAUUUAAUGUUUAAGGGAAACAGUUUAAGGGGAUCUGUUAUGUUCUAUUAAAGAAUAUAUGUGGACAAAUAUUUCUCUGUUAUUUUUAUGCAUAUUUAAUAUCAGUGACAGGUUCAGGAUUUUUUUAAAGGUUUAAAUAAAAUUCCUUCAUUCAUU